AUCAGACAUGUGAUGUUCAGGUGAUAUUUCUUUACUCUUUAUAAUGGAAAUAUUAUCUACUAGUUAUGUAUACAACAUUCAAGAUAUUCCUGGUGACACCAGAGCAGAGAAAUUUAAAUUUAUUGGACAGAUAGUCAAGAGCAUAUGUGCACAAGAUGAUGUUGAUUUUGAAAUCAGUGUCAAGAAAAAUAAUGUGUCCGGUGUUAUAGUGCCUUUGAUCAAAGUUCUCGUUGGGGUUAAAACACACAAUUCUGAAUUUAUAAUAGAGGCUUUGAAGUCUGACGAUACAUAUUUGAUAAAUGAAGCUCUCAGAGCCAGAUGGUUUUAUGAUGGCAGCAACAAACUCCUGACUAAUUACAAAUAUUUCUCAUCCAUAGUGUUCCCAUUUGUUUCUAUGAAGACUCGCAGAGAAAUUGUAAAAAAAUUAUCUGUAUGCUUGGGUGGACAGCAAACUGGAGUAGCAGCGGAUUUUUUUAAUGGUUUUGUAACUGACUACAGGAUGCAGGAGGCAGUUAGCUUUUUACCAAAUUGUACGAGCGAAUUUAUUUACGAUGCCAUUGUUAAGUAUGAAAUUGUGCUGACAAACAAGUUGCUAAAAAAAUUGUAUAGAAAUCACUCUGAAGUAGUUGUGAAGUAUUUGAACUUUUUUAAUCCAUACAAGACAGAUUUGAUCAGUCGAACUAUGUUCAGGUUACUAGAUGCCAGCAAGUAUGAAAAUUUCGUGCCUAUGCUCAUUCCCAAGCAUCCCGAGAUUUUUCUGAUAAUGCAGGAAAUCCACCACAUAUCUUCAAAUUUGGGAAACCGACGUGCCAAGAUGCUUUUUAAAGAGGCAAAGCAUAUUUUUAUACAAAACCCAAGAAAUAUUAUCCAAUUAGUGCCACUCAAAUUAAUCUAUGAUAGCUUAACCCUUGAAGAGUUUGAAAUGAUGUUUGGCAACUUACUAGAGGAAUGCUGGGAUAUGUUUCUCAUGGACGAGAUCAUAGGUUAUUUGGAGUACUAUCCAGAAGAAAAAAGGGCCAGCUUGCUGAGAGAAAAAGUCAUGGAAAAGUAUGGCCGCGAUCUGUUUGAAGAGGUCGAUAAAAUAAUUCCCAAGUUUUUACUUUUUCUACCCAAGGAAAAACGUUUUGCUCUAGCUCGCAAGAUAGUCAACGAACAACACAAGAUGCCACUCACGGAUUGCGAGAUCUCGUGGUGGUGCUAUCUCCCAAUUAACGAGGCAAUACCCGCGUUGAAAGCAAAAAUUUUGCGAAAUUGGAAAUCAAACAAGCAUCAGAUCUUUUCUCAGAUGAUUUACGUCUGCAAGCUCAACGAAAGUACCGAGGCCUUGUUGGACGUGCUGCAAUUCGUUGAUGAAAAUUAUCACAACGAAAGAUCAGACCUCAUGCUCAGCAUGCUGGACAGGAUAAAGCAGGAAUUCAACAUCAACGAGUUUGAUGAGAAUUAUUGGCGACACUUGUUCAACAUCAUCAAAAGAACCAAGCUGAAAAAGGAGAACGCCAGGGACUACUGGGUACUGAUCAAGAUACUCAAGGAGUACGUGCAUUUCUGUGACAAGCACGAAUUACCGGCCAAUGAGAUAAUCGACCACAUAGUUCAAUUGUUCCUGGAGGGUCGUGUGGGCAUGUCGUGGAAGUUACUGGAGGACGAGGCUGAGUACGAGCGAAGGUACCUGGACGUGUGUAUGAGGAACAAUUACUGGCUCUCGAUGGCUUACAAAAUCAACGUCAUCGACGGUAUUUACAACUUUAACCAGCGUCACUGUACUGCCGACAACAACGUGCCAAGGCUCUCGAUCAAGGAUUACCCUCAUCUAUUGGAAAUCGUUGAGAGGGUAUUGAAAUUCACAACGUGGGAGGGAAACUGGAAAAUUCCUAUGGCAGAGAAACUGAAGCAGCACGAGCCAGAAUUGUUCAACAGUUGGUUCCCGGAGGGCGAUACCGAAUGCACGUGUGCCACUUGUCCCCACAAGGAGUACAAAGAUACCGAGACGCUCAUCAUUUCCGAGAUUGAAAAUACAAAAGUGCCAGCAGUAGUGGUCACCAAGCCCAAAGUCACGUACAUCACGGAGGCCAUAAUAGCGCUGAAGAAAAAUUAUAGCGAGAUCAAGAAGGACUGGCAGCGCUACUACGAGUGCUGCGUCCAGCAGGCGCUCGUGCCGAAGAAAAAGCACUACGUCCGGCAGUUUCUCAAGUCUCUGAAGUGGUACCACGAGGUGCCCAUCAAGUUCGCCGAGCAGGCAUUGCAAGAAAAUAACAUCAGUUUACUGGGACAUCUCCUCGACGGCCCCAUCCUGUCGAAAGUGGCGCGCAAGUUCAUACCGAGCGUGGAUGAGAAAUAUCGCUGCCACAAUUGCACGAGCGCCAGCCACGUGGCCGCGGCCAUAAAGAACGCAAAUACUCCGACCAUCGAGCUGGUGCAAGACUUCUUGGCAGUCCGCUACAUGUACUAUUCCAAGAGUUACGUGAACGGAUGCAUGAAGAUGUGGUCUUACGUCGCUUACCGCACUAGAUCCGACCGACUGAUCGAACUGUCGCGGGAGUUGUCGCGCGAGCGGCUCUUCUGCAAGCGCCACGCCAUCAGGCUGAUGGAUAGCAUGGCCUCGCGCACCGACUUGGUCGCCUUUCUGGGGUACAUGCACAAGACCGAGAAGCACAGAGCGGUACGCCAGAUACUGGCCGACAAGAUCGGCAAGCUCUUUGUCGGGCGACCGGGCGAGGACACUUGGGGGCUCGUGCGCAGGUUCAUAGAAGACGUCAAGAUUGGCGAGGAGCUGGACCUCGAGGAUUUGAUCGGCUACGAGCCAAUGCCCGUCGACUUCGCCUCGGAUUACGUGACCCUGGUACUUACCAAGGUGCGCAGCUUCAUCGAGCAGGGCAUGAGUAGACACAGCGCGGCCAAAAUCGUCGACCUCCUGCUGGAUAACAUCAAGUCGAACGUCCAGGAUCACCUGUCCACAGCCGUUUGCCGGGAUGUGAUAGGGUUCUACAUGGAGGACGUCAGUAUGGAUUUAACUUGCAUGUAUCGGUUCGUGAUCAAAUUCUACCUGAAUCCCACGAGCGUCGACUUUGACGACAGACUUCAGCACCUGAUGGGCCUGUUGGUGAUGGAAUCUAAACGCUGGUACGCCCUCGGCGUGGAGAAACGGAGGUGCGCGCCCAACGUGGUCGAGAGUUUGUUGUACACCUACGUGAGCCGAGUGCAAAAGUUCACGGUUAGCGAGAAACUGACGCUGGGCUUGUUGGCCGAGUUCAAGUUGGCGUUCGGUCCGUACGAGCACUCCUACGGCCACGUGAUGAUCUUCCUAAGCCUUUGCUACGUGAAAAGCCAUCCGUCGUUCAGGAGAUUCGGUAGCACCUUGAGCAAGAGCCUGGACAGUCUGCUCAGUAGGUACGAGCCAGAGUAUUUCAUGCACAUCGUCGGGCUGAUUCACGAGUUUACCUCUGGCUUCAAAUCCUACGAGUACUCCAGGAUAGUAUGCAACCGUGCCGAUUUUCUCGAGGGUCUGAUCGAAGAUAAAAACGAGCACUCCCUCAUCGUAGCCGCUAAGCUGUUAAGUUUGAAGUUUGUCAACGAAUACGACAAGAAGCACUGCAGAAUACUUCGGCAACUGUCUGAAUCCAGUAAUAAAAUUGUUCAGUCUUUUUUGUAAGUUCCUGAUGGAGGUGUUUGCUUGCUCAUUGAAUUUUUGCAGUACAGGUAUUAUUUUCUCAAUAAAUAACGAUGGUACAUAAACUCCGCGAUACUGGCUGUUUUUCAUAUGUGAUAAACAAUAGAUGUGUUUACGGUAGAAUAUAACGAUUCAGUUACAUUGUUUAUUGAUUAUUCAUGAAAUAUAGAGAAGC